GUGUGUGUCAGGGUGUGAACAGGGUGACGCACCUAUCAAGAAAACACUCAUAAAGGUGAGCAGGCAGGAACAGGCUCAUUCCCAAGAUCCCUGAACAGAAUGGAGACAGGAAAGAAGAACACAACGCUGAGAGAGGGAUUCCUCGUGAAGAGGGGUCAUCUCGUCCACAACUGGAAGCCGCGCUGGUUCGUGUUGACGCCGGAGAAGCUGCUGUAUUAUAAAUACGACGGAGGAAAGAGAGACUCCUGCCAGCGAGGGAAGAUCCUCCUGAAGGAGUGUGAGAUCACUUCUCCGUUCCUGGAUUAUGAAAACCGACCGCUGGUGAUCAAGCUGCGGACAAAGAAUGGCGUGGACCACUUCCUGGAGGCUUGUUCCCGGGAGGAGAGGGACGACUGGGCGGGAGAUAUCAGCGCCGCCGUGGACAAACUGCGGGGGCCCGAAGGUGUGAAGGGGCCAGACCUGCAAGCUACUACUACCGGACCCCAGCUGCACGACAUCAAUAUGAUCAAAGUGCUGGAGUCCAUGAAUGACGUGCACAGUGGAAUCAAGAUGGGGACCCACCUGGAGCACGGCAGCACGUACAGCAACUGCUUCUCAGGUUCGGCGGUGGUUGACUGGCUGGUGUUCACGCAGCUGGCUCUGACCCGGGUGGAGGCUUUGACGCUGGCCUCCGCCCUGCAGGAGGAGGGCUUCCUGUGGCCCGUCGGCCUGAAGAGCGUGGAGGCCCUGCGCACCGCCGGCCUCACCGAGCAGUUCAUGGACGACUCCACCGCCCUGUACAGCUUCUCCGACAGCUUGAAGAAGAGAGGCAGCGUGAAGGCGGAGACGUCUCGGUCUGCAGUGGAGCUCGGUGGGAAAGUGAUCAAGAGAGGAUUUCUACUCAAACAGGGCCACAGGAGGAAGAACUGGAAGGUGCGUCUGUUCGUUCUGCGCUCAGAGCCGGCGUACCUCCAUUACUACGACCCCACCAGGGAUGACAUCAGUCCCGUGGGCGGCUUCUCUCUGAGAGCGUGUCUCGUUUCCUCGCUGGGAGAUAACGGAGUUCCCUCAGGCGUGAAGGGAAACAUCCAGGGCAACCUGUUCAAGAUCAUCACUCAGGAGGACACGCACUACUUCAUCCAGGCUCCGACGCAGCAGCAGAAGACGGACUGGAUCGACGCCAUCAGACAGCACACAUAGAGCAGAGGGUUAAAGCUGUUUAAAAUAUCCCAUUUUAAAUACCUCUUCAUGCAGCUCUGGAGAAGAAGGACUUACGCAUUCCAUGAAUAUAGCUGUAGAGAGAGAGAGAGAUGUGGGCCGUGCAAUUUAGAAAUGAACGUGUUAGUGGUUAAAAGCAUUUCAGAGUUCAUUAAGUGCUUUCAGGUUGAUUAGCCAGAAUUUAAAGGGAGGAUUUAAAAGCACAAGAGUCCUAAGAAAUUCACCUUUAAUAGUUCAGUUUGAGUUCUAACCUGUAUGUGUGUUUCAGUUUGAUUAUUUGGUAUUUGAAAGAGCGUAAAAGGAGGUCUUCAGUCUCUCAAAAGCACAAAAGUCCUGGAGAGUUCUCUAUCGUUCAGUUUGUGUCAAAACUGUUUCAUGUGUGUCUACACGUUUCUCUUAUUUAACCUUAAAUCUGUUCAGUUUGAUUAUUCAGUAUCUUUCACCUCUCUUGCACUUCCAUAUCCACACUGCACACGUGUGAUUUGAUUUCAUUAUGUAUGAGUACUUUGCAAUAGUAUACUGCACUUAGUCUUUUGGAGUACCCAGAUUUCCUGUAAAUACGUUUCAAGUCUGAAUGUUUUUUUGGUUGUUUUUCUUUUCUUUCACUGUGUCUCUGUAUGCACCAUAACACCAAGACAAAUUCCUGGUAUGUGUCGACCUACUCGGCCAUGACUGUAAAUCAGAUUGAGAACAGAUCGUUAAAGGAGGAUUUAAAGGCUUUUAAAAGCACAAAAUUCACCUUUAAUAGUUCAGUUGAAGUUCAGAUGUUACGUGUGUUUUACAGUAUUUUUAUUAUUGAAACCUUAAAUCAGUUCAGUUUGAUUAUUCAGAGUUUUAAAGAUUGUAAAAGGAGGAUUUUAAGACUUUUAAAAGCUGAAAAGUCGUAGCAAAUUCCCGUUACUUUUCAUGUGUUUUACACGUUUUCCAUUUUACCCUGAAAUAAUUUCAGUUUUAUGAUUAUGUAUUUUAAAGUGUAUGCAGGGAGGGUAACAAUGCUUUUAUUGUGUAAUAUUUCACUGAUUCAUGUAUGCUGCAAUAUGUUUUCAUAAUCAUUUCAGAUGUUCUCCCCACUGGGAUUCUUUUAAAUACCUCCAGAACCAGUGCUGAAAAGGAGAUUUACUCGAGCACUUUUUUUGUACUUUUUUAAAGGUUUUUUGCUCCAA